UUUGUUCGAUGGCACUGAAGAAGGCGGAAGAAGUGAUCGAGAGCCCUCCUACUUCAAGUGAAGAAGAGGAAUCUGGCUCAUAAUCUGAGUCUGAAGGCGAAACUGAAUCGGAGCCCGAGCCCGAGUCCGAGCCUGCUAAGACGAUCAAGCCGAUGCCUGUCGUGACCAAACCAAUUCCAGAGACGUCCGCGAAUGUACCUGAGACUUCAACGGCUAAGCGUCCUUUGAAGGAAGCUGCUCCUGAAGCUAUUAAGAAGCAGAAGACAUCGGAAGUUGAGCAUGUGAAGAAGCCGACAACUAAUGAUGAGGUUAAGAAGAUUGCUGGAGAGGAUGCUAAGAAGAUGUUGUUUCAGAGAUUGUUCAGUGAGGCUGACGAAAUCGCUUUGCUUCAAGAAACUGAUCGAGUUCGAUGCUACCAAAAACCAAAUUGUUACUAAACUUCAGAGGUUGAAGAAGAAGUUUAAUAACGCUGUGAAGAAUGCGCGUAAGAAGGGUCAGACAGAAGAUGAGGUCGAGUAUGCUAAAGAGAGUGAGAAAAAACGUUUUGACUUGUCCAUAAUGAUUUGGGGGAGCAACGGUGUUUUGGUUGCUGGUAAAUCAUCAAAGAAGAAAGUUGCACCCAAAGAGAUGAAACCUGAAGAAACAGACGCAAAGGUUGUGAACGAAGGUCUCUCCAUUGGUAGAGAGAUGGUGCCGUUCGGGAGUUCUUGUGGUUUGGAUGAAUCUAAAUUAACUACGGGUUGGGAAAAUGUUGAGGAUGGAGCUGAGAAGAGAGAAGUGGAGGAAAAAUGGAAGAAGUUUAAGGAUAAGCUGUUUGAGCUACUUUACGAGAGGUCUGUGCUUAUGAACAAAACUGAAGCGAUGAUGUUCAAAGCUGAAUCUUGA